UAUUGAUGUAGUUUCUUGAUAUUAUACCUAUAUUUAUGAUUAUGUAUUAAUACCUGACGAAAAUACUAUAAGAACUAAUAAAUUAUUUACUAUUGAGACAUAAAAGUGUUGUUUGUUUUGCUGCAUUAAAGUGUAAGCCUGUUCUGGGCAACAGUGAGCGCAGAAUGUAUUGAGCAAUCUCACACACCCUAGUUCUAUACAGCGAGACAUUUUUGGCGUAGUCGGCAGGAUCUAUGUUUUCUUAUAUCUAGGUGUAGGAUACUGAUAGUGUAAAACGCUUUUGUACAGUGGUGGGUCCUGGCCAGACUUACCUCUGUGCAAAGUUUUGUCAAUUGGCAGGUUGCCAAGUUUUCGCCGAUAUAUAACAACAUAGCACGGUAAGGAUGUUUCGUAAGGGAAAAAAGGCUGGAGCGGAGCAAAUCACCGUCCCAGGGUGGACUGAAAGUCCCUACAAUAUUAUAGCACAGGAGUUAUUAACGUCAGGUUUAGCAGAAUCAUGGGAUGGUAGACUCAAGAAUGCAGAACCCCUCGAUGUUGUACAGGUACUCGAGGGGGUCCCUGCCAAGGCAGGUGAUGUAAUGGCGCUGGGAAGACGGUGCUGGAUACUAGUAUCAGCAUACCGUAAAAUGCACCAAAGAUAUGAGCAGUUACAAUCACGUUAUUUAGAUAUAGAACAAACAGUAAUUGAACAACAAGGAAAGAUAGGAUUGUUACAGUGUAGCAAUCAGAUGUUAUCAGAAAAAGCCCAGAAAUAUCAGAUUGUUGCCGAGAAGGCUGCUGUUAAAGUAGCCCAGAACAAAUAUAAAAAAAGAAAGGGAAGGGUAAACACCCGAAAAGUACGAGCAAUUAUUGCUUCUGCCGAUCUUCAAUGGGAUCCCGAUACAUGGGAUGGUGAUGUAUGGGAUAGUAGUAGAGAGGAGGAGGAAGAGGACAAGGGGGGAUGGGAUCCUCCCAAUCCUGUCAUUGACCCUCCUGGGGCAAAUGCUUGUCCUGUCUCGCGCAGGCAAUUAACUAAGGUUGCAGAAGGUGGAGGGCAGGCAGUCCUCAAAGAGAAAAUGAUACUGCAAGAUUUCACUCAAAAUGAAGUUAUGGAACUAUUGACCAAAUUUUCACAACGCCCCGGGGAAGGCGUCCUUACCUGGCUGGUCCGUUUGGUAGAGGAUGGCGCUGGAGGGAUUGAUGUAGAUAGACAAGAUGUUGCAAAAUUUGGAACUCUAUCCAAAGAUAGGACAAUUAUGAGGGACGCACAGUUAUGGUUCGCCAGAGAGGGUAAUGCUCAAGUACAAACUAAUCUCUUAACAGUGGUUGCAUACGGGGUAAAUUCCCGGUACACUGAUGAGAUACCUACCUCUGACAAACCAUGGACAACCCUCAGAGAGUGUGUUCAACGAUGUAAGGAAGAGGCUAUGAAAGCCGCUGUGCUUUUAGAAGAAGCCGCUGAAUAUUUACAAGGAACGGUUUCAGUAGCAGCUCGGGCUAGGCUUGUGAAGACAGCUCCCCCUGCAUAUAAGCCAGUGGUUCUGACAUUAUUAAUUUCUAUGACAGAUCAAAGAUGGGAAGAUGUAAUCGAUAAGAUGCGGGAAUUGCAGGACAUGGGAGAAUAGAAUAGGGAUAGAGCAGAGUCAAACACUAGAGGAGGGAGUGGAGAACAGGGAUACAGACAAACCGGCAAUGCAGAUAAUAGAGUAUCCAGACGGGAAAUGUUCCAAGCUCUUUUGAAAGCAGGAAUAGAUAAAGAAACCAUAGAUGGAAAAGAUACUCCCUAUUUAUGGAAAUUGUAUAAGCAAAAAAUUUUGUCGGGCAAGAAAAUUGCUUUUGCAGGGAAUACCAGUGAGAAAAAGGUAAAAGAAUUUAGGGAUCAAGAAAAAGCAAUUAAGGGAGGAAAAUUGCCUGACUGGGAGAUGUUUGAAAAAUUAUAUCCCUGGGAGGAUAUUGCCGCUAAAGUAGCAACAUGUUUGAAGCCUACUGCUCCUCCCGAGGAACAGGAAGAUUCAGAGGGUGAUGCAUAGGUAGCCAGCCAAGCCCCUGUAUGGAUUCGUCAUGAUGAGAGACCUUAUGUCAAAUUAGGAAUCCAUUGGUCACGGGGCAAUGUACAAGAGGUCCCCGCGUUAAUUGACACAGGGGCGGAGGCUACCCUAAUAUAUGGAAAUCCCAAUAGAUUUAAAGGACCCGAAUUAAAAUUGCAGGGUUGGGGGGUCGAGUAACUGAAGGGGUACAGGUGGAAAUACCUCUAAAAAUAGGAAAUUUACCUAUUAAGAAAUGCCGAGUACUAAUAGUACCCAUUAGAGAAUAUAUUAUAGGCAUUGAUGUUUUAAAAGGACUGACCCUUUAUUUAGAUACAGGAAAAUUUAGUUUUGGAGUCAGAAGUAAUUGUAUUCAGGCCAGACCUAUUGUGGUGGGAAAAGUAAAAAUGCCCCCAGUACAUGUCCCACCUGCAACUAAAUUAAUUGCAAUGAAACAAUAUCGGAUACCGGGGGGCCAUCAAGAAAUAAGCUAAACCAUUAAAGAAUUAAUGGAUACAGGGGUGGUACGAUAUACCACUACUGCUUGGAAUAAUCCGAUAUGGCCAGUGAAAAAGAGCGAUGGCUCCUGGCGCAUGACUGUGGAUUAUAGAGAACUGAAUAAAUAUACACCCCCAUUGACAGCCGCGGUACCGGACACAAUAACUAUUAUAGAACAAAUACAGGUGCAUCCAGGGACCUGGUAUGUCGUACUAGAUCUGGCCAAUGCGUUCUUUACAAUACCUAUAGAAGAGAGGGCACAAGACCAGUUUGCCUUCUCUUGGAUGGGUAGGCAGUACACUUUUUGCCGAUUACCGCAGGGAUGGAUACACAGUCCCACAAUCUGCCAGAGAGUAGUAGGGGAACAUUUAGAUGAAUUCAAGUUACCAGCUAAUAUGCAGAUAUCACAUUAUAUCGAUGAUAUAAUGAUUCAAGGAAAUACUGAAGAACAGGUCAAAGAACAAUUAGACUUGUUAAUAAAACACAUGAAAAAUAAAGGGUGGGAGAUUAAUCCCGCCAAGGUGCAGGGAUGAUGAGCUGGAAGAAACAUGAUUGGAAAAUUCAUGGGAAAGAGUUAUGGGGAAAGGAAGUCUGGGAGGACAUUGAAGUUAUCACUAAACAAACAAAAGUAACUGUAUUCCAUGUUGAUGCACAUGUACCAUUAGACUCACUUGAACGUUUGUUUAAUUCACAAGCAGAUGCACAAGCCGCCAUUGCUAAGUCAUCUCAGGAGCCAGUGGCAGGAGAGACGAAGGAAUUGGAAUCAUGGUUACAGGGUACAGCCCUUUGGGCACACCAAAAGAGUGGACAUCUGGGAGAAAAGGCAACUUACAGAUUGUCGUGAGGCUCAGUCUUGGAAUCCUUGGAAUUGUAUUAUUGGUCGUCCCCUCUAGUACAUGGACACCUGGAUUGAAGAUAGAGAAACGAGAGUUGCAUACUGUACGGUGGGGAUGGAACAAUGCCACCAUACCAAGAACCCAAGAUAAUUUCACUUGUCAGGCCAAUCAGCGCUGUACUAAUAUAGUAAAUAUAACAAUUCCAGGAACGAUGUGGGCUGGACCUCCUGAUCCACAAAGAAACAGAUAUCGACCUACAUUUGCCUUACAUCAGUCAGAAGGCAAUAUCACAAUUAAUGCUGCAGUAAAUAUAAGUUGCUGCUCUAAACCUUAUAGGUUCCGAUUUCUCCCUAAAGAAGAGAAGAAUAAAGAAUACAGGUUGAGUAUCCCAUAUCCAAAUAUUCCGAAAUACGGAAUAUUCCGAAAUACGGACUUUUUUGAGUGAGAGUGAGAUCGUGAAACCUUUGUUUUUUGAUGGCUUAAUGUACACAAACUUUGUUUAAUACACAAAGUUAUUAAAAAUAUUGUAUUAAAUGACCUUCAGGCUGUGUAUAUAAGGUGUAUAUGAAACAUAAAUGAAUUGUGUGAAUGUAGACACACUUUGUUUAAUGCACAAAGUUAUAAAAAAUAUUGGCUAAAAUGACCUUCAGGCUGUGUGUAUAAGGUGUAUAUGUAACAUAAAUGCAUUCUGUGCUUAGAUUUAGGUCCCAUAACCAUGAUAUCUCAUUAUGGGAUGCAAUUAUUCCAAAAUACGGAAAAAUCCGAUAUCCAAAAUACCUCUGGUCCCAAGCAUUUUGGAUAAGGGAUACUCAACCUGUAUAAGAAUUGUUCUAAACAAGGAGCAACCACAUUUCGGUUAGCUGUAAAAGACGUUUUAAUUUUUGUAUGUCAUAAUGCUACUGAAAUAAAAAAUCGAACGUGGUGGGCACAAGAUUUAAUGUUUAUUGAUAUCAAUGCAUCACGAAUCGAUAUUGGACAUGUUAAAAGAUUACCAUCUACAUGUGAAAAUGUAGGUACACAAGCUCAAAAGACUGUGUUAGUCACACAUGUUGUUUUCCCUCCCAAUAAUAGACAAUGUAUAUCCCGGCAACGACGUGCCUGGUAUGAUACAUUGUUGGGAGGAUAUGGGACUCUAACAGGAGUAUUAAAUGGGAUAGAUAUUGAAACAUUAGCCAAUAGGAUGCAUAGCGCCGGUAGUAAAUUAAAUGACGGACUUACAUUACAAGCAAAAUGGAUGCCUACUAUUUUUGAGCCAGCCAAAAUAUCGGCUGGAAUAGAUACUUUAAUGAACCAGCUAAUUAAUGCUAGUAAUGAUUUUGCUGUUGGAUUUGAUACCAACAUUACUAAAUGUAUAAAUUGGACCGUCUGUACACUACAGACUAUGUAUGAGCAACAACAAAAAGGCGUUAUGCAAACUAUGCUAAUGACCGGAAAUGAACAAGUAUGGAGAACAAUUUUUAAUACAAGUGUGUCUAGGGACGCUUGGAUACACUUGGAAGCUGCUAAAAUGAUUUGUAAUGACACCAUAUGCCAAGGUAUUUUAACUAUGUAUAAUGUAACCAAAGUUAUUCAAAUGUGUAAAUAUAUUGUAAUGCCUUUGUUGUUAGGACCAUCUGGUGGAGAAUGGUACUGGUUCCCCACUAUGAAAGGAGAAUAUAUAGAUGAGAAUAAUAGAACUCAUGAUUUGAGUAUUUGUACACCCACUUUACAAGGCAAGAUAUGUAGAGUACAAUCUGCAGUUUAUGAACCUUGCUUAUUAGAGAAUGGAGUAAAUUUAUGUAAAUGGAUAGUUUUACCUUUGUCAUAUACAAUGAUGAUGGAGGUAGCCCCACAAGAAGUAUGUUUGGUAACUGAUACACCAGCCAUACCUGGAAUGGUAGUUCCAUUUUCCGGAUGUAUUAGUAAUGUUAGUUCCUUAACCUGGGAAAAUGAGACAUUUAUAUUGUAUGCUGACCGUGAAGAACAUGUUACAAAAUAUUGGAGUCCACAAAAUUUAAGUAUUCCCCAAUGGGAUUUGAAGUUAGAAAAACUACAUAAAAUUAUGAAACAAUCCAAAGUUAUUGAAGAUCAUAUCAAAUAUCUAAAUCAAUCUAUUGUAACUCAUCAAGUGACAACAACAAUAAUUGCUGAUCAAUUACAGAAAAUUGGUUCUGAUGUCCAGGAUGCAACUUCUCAUCAUUGGUGGGACUUGUUUACUGGAUAUUCUCCGUCUGCAUCCAAUAUGCUAAAUUUUCUGAUACAUCCUGUUCUCAUACUGUGUAUAAUAAUAAUAAUUUUAUCUAUUUGGAACUGUGUGGUAUUUUACCGCAUAUGUUGUAAACGACAAAAGGUUGUAAUGGCAAGUUAUGCGUUAUAAUUGGAAUCAGUCAAGGGCCGUUUGUGAUACGAGUAUGAUAUGAAAGGGUGAGAGUGGGGUUUUCUGACUGACUUCCAUUUUGUGCCGCAGUAACUAUGCCACAUAAUGACAAGAGAAUAGCAAGGGUGUUUGUCUUAUGAAAGGGUGUUUGUCUCAUGCUAGAAGAAGGAUUCUUAGAAUAGACAAGGACUCGUGUUGUUAUUUUCAGUUUGUUAUAGACAAGGACUCGUGUUGUUAUUUUCAGUUAGAUAAGAUGUUUCAGAACCCCGGAAUGUACCCACAUAUGGAUAGAUUGUGUUUUUAGUUUUGUAUAAAGGACGGGGAAUGUUAGGGGAAUUUCGGAAUCCACCUGAGACGCUAGCAGACGUGCUGCGUGUGAAUACCGAAUUUCCCCUUGAGACGAUCGUCCUGAGAUUCCCCGAUCCAGAGUGCUCAAGUGAUGCUACAAUAUUCGGUAAGAUAUUGGUGUAGUUUCUUGAUAUUAUACCUAUAUUUAUGAUUAUGUAUUAAUACCUGACGAAAAUACUAUAAGAACUAAUAAAUUAUUUACUA